UUGGAAAUAUAAAUAGCCUGGUAGGCAUAGAUCGAGAACCUCAUCCUAUCGGCUCAUCUUUCUGUUAGAAAUAGCACUCCCGCACCACCACCCAUCGCUUACAUACAUAAUCUGAGAGCACCUAGCAAACGCAGAUCUGCAGGAAAGCGAGCACGCGGAUUUGAAGGAGAAGGUGGGGUUGGAGGGGCGACCUGCAGAACACUAAACCCAACGAGCGAAAGGGGAUGGGUGGAUCAGGAGGCGGCAAAAGAGCGGACUGGGCCUGGAUGAUGGUCGCCGUGGUGGCGGCCAGCCUUUUGCUGGAGGGCUCAGUGGUCACAGCGGCCACGAGGCACGUGGUGGGCGGCAGCGGCACCGGAUGGACCAUCCCACCCAACGCCAGCUUCUACGACAAGUGGUCGUCCUCCCAGACCUUCGUCGUGGGCGACACCCUUGUUUUCAAUUUCCCAACGGGGAUCCACAACGUGGUCCAACUGCCAAAGUCCAGCUACGAUGCCUGCUCGACCAAGGACCAGAUCGGCUCCACCCUGUCCACAGGUCCGGCCACCGUCACCAUCACCUCCUCCGGGGACCAUUAUUACAUCUGCGGCGUCAGCGGCCACUGCUCCGCCGGCCAGAAGCUGGCCAUCACCGUUGCCUCGUCGUCCUCCGCCGGCCCCGCGCCCGCCCCGACGACCAGCGGUCCCACGCCCUCCGGCGCCCCAGCGCCCGCCUCAGCCGGGCCCUCUGGCAGCCCAGUGCCCGCCUCAGCCGGGUCCUCCGGCAGCCCAGCGCCUGCCUCAGCCGGGUCCUCCGGCAACCCGCAGUCGCCGAUGGCACCUGGGCCGUCCGGUGGAUCUAGCUCCGCUCCACCGGCGCGCCCCUUCAUUUUCUCCCUGGCGGUUGCUCUUCUGUCGGUCGCUUCCAGCUACUUGAUAUCUCUCUAGAUACAUGACGAGACGGCGGAUGGAUUAGAUGAAUAGGGACGAACAGUAUACCAUUCUUGUUGCUCUGUCGCUGUCGCAGCACGUGGUCUCCUUCCUUCUUCAUUCUUCGUAUAUUACUUUUCAUUUUUUCCGAUUUCCCUUUGUAAUUCUUGUAUUUGUCGUGCGUGUGUGAGACGACCGAAUAAUCCAUACCUGACCUACCUCUGGGGCAUGAGAUAAUAAUAUGUGUACGGUGAUAAUGUUUACAUAACAAUAAGCAUAUAGCUAGCCGCUGUUCCUUUCC